UCGACCUAGCGUAAGUAUCGAUGCCCUCGAAGCACAGCUGUUUUAUUUGCAAUCGAGCGCAGCUUGUUGACGGUGGAAUUCAGUAAACUCGGUGUGCAAAUUUGUGGAAAAUCAGUUCAAAAAUCGAAACAAAACCACGCCCAAUAAUGGCGAGCCGUGCGCCCAUGCUACGAAUCGGCCAGCAAGAUCUAAAGUGUCGUCAAGGUUGCGGGUUCUACGGCAACACGCAGUUCGAUGGACUCUGCUCGAAAUGUUUUCGCGAGCGCAACGAUAAGCAAAGGAAAAGGCUGCUGAUUGUUACAGAAAAAGCCACGGAGGAUAACAAUGAUAACAUCCCCAGUGGCCCUAGUUCCAUUGCCGAACGCAGAUCGCCGCAGCAUUUGCUCUCGCUGGGACGUGGCAAGAAGCAGCCAGAGACGCCACAGCAGGUCGAAUCUCCGAGCACCAUGCCAAAGAAAAAGUCCAUAGUGCCAGCGGUGCUUCAAAAGACGCUCAAGGGGAAAUUUCCCGCAGUCACAAAUCAACAGCAGCAUCAACAACAGCAGCCACAGCAAAAAAGAGUUCCCACUGCCACAGAGAACCAAUUUAUGCUGCAACUGCGGCAGAUGCGAUUGCCCGACGAUGCCAAGCACAAGCUAAAGAGUGAGAUCAAGCGAUUGGAUCACGAGAUACGCAAAUACAUGAACACGAACAACGCCAAAAAUGUGGAUGAACUCUCUGAUCUGGUGCAGAAUGCUUACACACGCUUCUCCAAUGUGGUGCACAACGAUCCGCGCUUUGAGAUGGCCACAAACGAAGAUCGCGACAGUGCAAUCGAUUUCUUUGAGAAGGUUAUAAUGACACAGAAUCACAAUUUACUCUUUAGUCCAUACUUUACCAGCGAUGAGGAGAGCGAUGUCAAGGUGCAGAAGCGUAUACGCCAAUUGAGCUGGAUCACAGCCAAGCAUUUGGACUGCAGCAUUGAUGAAGUGAAUGCCGAGGCACGCGAUUUGGUCUACAAUGCCAUCUCUGAGCUGGUGGGCAUUGAUUCCUACUAUUCGCCGCAGGAGAAAUUACUAUGCACAGUGCGCUGUUGUCGUCACAUCUUUGAGCUGUUGAAACGUGCCACUGGCGGUCCAGCGAGUGCCGAUGAUUUUCUGCCCGCCCUCAUCUUUGUGGUGCUCAAAGCGAAUCCGGUUCGUCUUCACAGCAAUCUGAACUUUGUCAAUCGCUUCACGAAUGCCUCGCGAGUGAUGAGUGGCGAGGGAGGUUAUUACUUUACCAACCUGUGCUCGGCCAUUGCUUUCAUUGAGAACUUGAAUGGCGAAAGUUUGAGCAUCAGUGCGGAGGAGUUUGAUGCAUUGAUGUCGGGUGAACAGGCAUUCAGUACACCCUGGGAGAGUGCUUUGUUGGCCUGUGAGAGUCUGCAUCUCAUUUCGGAGAACAUGAAGUGCAUGGAGCUGCUGCAGAAGCGUAAUUCUAUGAUCAACACUGGCAUCACAGACUUUGAACGCGAACUCAUCGAUUUUCAACGCGAGGUGACCGAGAAAGUGGACACCGUUAUGGCCAAGGCGCCACUGACGCUGCUGCCCAUCAAGACGCCAGCGUUUCUGAUCAAACAGGCGCGUGCUCAUCUGGCACAGGAUGGCGUUGAGGCGGCCAUGGGACACUACCAGUCCAAUCUGCUGAGUGGCGCUUUAAGUCAACGCGCUUUGUCCCCAAAGAGCAAAGAUAUCGCUCUUGAGGAUGCGCAUAACUUGACACUUAAGGACACCAGCAUAAAUUCUGUUGGACGCCUUUCGCCACUGCUGCAGAAUCAACCGCAGCAGCAGGAUCAGCUCUUUGCCUCGCCUAUCUUCAAUUACACGCCCUUCGAUGCUGUCUCACUGCUGGAGGAAUCCUCGGAUGGUGAUGUCAUGAUGUUGGGUACCGAAUUCCAAGGCGGCUUGACCAACAUUAACUACGAUUUCGAUUUGUCUGAUCAGAGUGGCGACAACAGCGUGGCCGAUGAAUCCAAAUUGAAUCUGGAUGAAUUUGAUCCAUUAGUGCAACGUCCGGUUGCUGCUGCAACUCCCUUGCUGGACACCACAACAGAUAGUUUAAUCGACUGUGAUGUGCCCGGCACUGCGGUGUUGUUGCCAUCGCCCUUGAAACCGGAGGUGGCGAAUUAUCGCGGCUUCUCCAACUUUGAUAUUCCAAGCAUUUCCUGUAAUACGGGAGAUUUCAGUUCUCUCGGCCAGGACGUCAACGAAACGAUGGAAACAAACAAAAAAUAGUUGUCCUAAUUGCAGUCAACAAAUUGUAAAUAGCUCUUCAAUGUAAUUGCACAUUUAUUUAUUUAUAUAAAACCUAACAAUCGCCAUUAUAAAUUUAAAUAAAUAAAUAUCAA